CCCAACCCAACGCAACACACGGACGAACACCCAUCGCAUCAAAGUCAUAUGAGCCAAUCAAUUCUCACAGGGCUUUCAAUUUUGAAUACUUCAUCUUCACUCGCUCCAUCUCCAUGAUUUCAUCUUUUCUCCUUCCAUCUCUUCCUGUAAAUUUUAUAUCGCAUAUACUUCGAGUUUCUGAUUUCUGUAUGAUUUUGGAUUUUGAGUGGAUCCACAGUACACGUAUAUACUACAUUGGAUAUGUCUGCCCUGCGACAAUGAAGUAUUGAAGUCCCGUGCUCGCUAAGCUGCUUCUCCUAUCGUUGCGAUUUUUCAUUCUGCCCCUCUAUGUCGCCGAAUCCCCGCUCUGGGCUUGGGAUCAGGAAGAGUAAUACGGAAUACAUUGAUAGGGAUGUGGAUACUUGGACACACACGUCGGGCGAUGGAUCGAUAUUGUCUCCCACCAAUUUAUCCACGUCUACCGAGCCGAGACAUACUUCGGAAAGCAAUCCUUCCUUGGAAUUACGAUCAGAAAAAUAUUCCGCUUCGGAAGCGCGAGAUGCAGAAUCAAGAAAUGGAAUUGAGGAAAGAGACGGAACCCGAUAUAUCACUCUCACCGUCACACGAUCUUCGGGCACGUACGUGACGCUCGUUGAGCUGGGCGACACGACGCUCCCGACUUCGUAUCAAGUUACCCAAAGCCAAACAACAACUAGAUCGCGCAUUCCAGACCCAGGUAUCCCAACAGGAACUAUCGUCGGCAUCGUCGUGGGCAUCUCCCUCGGUGUGUUGGCUCUAGUGGGGGUCUUUUAUGUGUAUUUAUUGAGAGCGAGGCAUUUGAAAAGGAUUAGGAGGAGGAGAAAGAGAGCUAGGAGAGCGAGUGCUAGUUCAGGUGGACCUGCGCCGGCGGCUCCGCCUCCUGCUGCGGGUGAUGCGCCACCUCCUCCUGCUAAUCCGUGAGAUUGUACGGAGAUUGAGGUGAUAAUUUGGACUUGUGGAAGUUGAUCUUGUGAUGCUGUGUACGGAACUGGUGGGAGUCUCUAUGUAUGAUGCUGAAGUGGAGAAUACUGUAAAAAGGGGGUUCGCUUCUGAUGUUGUAUUUACCUUACUCUCGAUCUGGAAAUUGAUCGCCCUAUCCGAUUCUGUCGAGUUAUUACCCGAGCCUUUUGUCACAUUCUUUCAUUUCCCA